GCUGCUCAGGCACGUGCUGUACGCAUAGACGCUUCUAGUGCUGGAUCGAUAGCUCGGCGCUCCGGUGUCCUGCGCUUCCCGGUAUCAUGGCGGCGGUGGUAGACGCCGGCUCUGUGAGGCAAUUUGAGGAGCUGCUACAGAAAAAUGACAGAUCUCUGCUGGUUGUACAUUUUUGGGCACCAUGGGCACCCCAGUGUUCUCAAAUGAAUGAUGUUAUGGCCGAACUCGCCAAGGUCCAGCCUGGUGUCACGUUUGUAAAGCUUGAAGCCGAAGCCAUUCCAGAAGUGUCGGAAAAGUACGAGAUCACCUCUGUGCCAACGUUCUUGUUUUUUAAGAACUCUCAGAAGAUUGACAGGUUAGAUGGGGCCCAUGCUCCUGAGUUGACCAAACGGGUGCAGCGUCAUGCAUCAAACUCAUCUUUCCCAGCUACCUCCAACAGCGCUCCUAAGGAAGACAUCAACACGAGGCUGAAGAAGCUGAUCAAUGUGGCUCCAUGUAUGCUCUUCAUGAAAGGUUCCCCUCAGGAGCCCAGAUGUGGAUUUAGCCGGCAAAUUCUGGAAAUUCUUAACAAACAUAAAGUCCAAUUUAAAAGCUUUGAUAUACUGUCCGAUGAAGAGGUACGGCAGGGACUGAAAACCUUCUCCAACUGGCCUACUUACCCCCAGCUGUACAUCAAUGGAGAACUAAUGGGAGGACUGGACAUUGUCAAGGAGCUGGAGGCAUCAGGGGAGCUGGAAGCAAUGUGCCCCAAGGCCCAGAGCCUGGAAGACAGACUUAAGGCACUUAUUAAUAAAGACCCAGUCAUCCUUUUCAUGAAGGGGAACAAACAGAUGGCCAAGUGUGGCUUUAGCAGACAGAUUCUAGAGAUCCUGAACAACACUGGUGUGGAUUAUGAAACCUUUGACAUAUUGGAGGAUGAAGAGGUUCGGCAAGGAUUAAAAACAUACUCAAACUGGCCCACUUACCCACAGCUUUAUGUGAAAGGAGAGCUUAUCGGAGGCUUGGACAUCAUCAAGGAGUUGAAAGAAAGUGGGGAAUUGGUGUCCGUGCUGAAGGGUGGACAAUAAUGGAUAGAGUUGGCAUAGAGAAGAACAGCUGAUGUGAAUGAGUUGCUCUAUGCUGCGCCUUUGCCUUCCGGACCUCAGCUAGUAUUAUUCUGUUAUGAUUCCUUCCAAGGUCAUGGUCUGUACAGGAUAUAGUUAGUAGGGAAGUGGAGUGUACCUGUACAUUUAUGUGAAAUUUACUUCUAUUGAGCAUCAACGGAAAUGUUUUAAUUUAAUAAACAUUGUUACAAUCAA